ACCUGUCCUGCAGCAGAAGCGGUGGGGCCCGGGCGCAGGGCGCAGGGCGCAGAGCGGAGGCGCCGAAGCCUGAGCUGGAGCAAUCAGCCUUCGCCCAACCUCAUUCCCCGCCCCCGGAAACUUCAGGACACGCCCUCGGGAUGCUCAGCGCCAUUCUUUGAACUCUUAGACCACGCCCUCCGAGCUUCCAGGCCACGCCCCCGAGGUCCGCAGGCCCCUGCCCGAUUCCUAAGGCCACGCCCCGAGCGCACCCUGGCCACGCCCACCCCGCUGGAAUCCAAAGCGGCUAUGGGGACGCCCAGCAGCCCCGAGGAGGGGACCCCGACUUCGCCAUCCGUCCCGGAAUGCGACGCUGAAGCCUUUCCCCAAGAAGCUGCUCAACCCCAGGGGCUUUCCGAGGAGCCCCAAGUGCAAGAGGCGCCCGGGGUCCCCGCGGAGCUCCCGAGCCGCCCGGGAGCGAAUCAGCAGGCCGAGGAAGAGGAAGAAGUCGGGGAAGGCAGCAGCACGGAGAGCUGCCGGGAGGAGCUCGAGGCUGCAGCUCCGGCCCCGGCCACACCCACCGCGCUCAUCUCCUCCUCCGGGGAGGGGGCGCGGGGGGCGGCGCGGCGGCUGCGGGCGCAGCAGCUGGAGGCGCUGACCCGCGUGGCCCUGAUGGAGCAGCGGGUCAAGGAGCUGCAGCGCCAGAGGAAGGAGCUGCGGAUCGAGAUGGAGGUGGAGGUGGCCCUGCUUCGAGGUGAGCUGGCCGGGGAGCGCGUGGCGGCCCGGCGGGAGGAGGAGCGGCUUCGGGAGCUGCUGGACCCGCAGGUGGACGCGACGAGGGGCAGCCAGGAGCUGCGGGAACAGGAGCAGAGGCGGCUGCACCAGGAGCGGGAGCGGGUAGAGCAUCUUCGCCAGAGACUCCGGGAUGCUGAGGGGCAGCUCGAUUCCCAGCCUGAGGACCAGCGCGAGCGCUUUCUGCAUGGGGUACAAGAGAUGAGAGAGCAGCUGGAUGUGGCCCAGCGGGCCUAUGAGGAUCUGGAGUUCCAGCAGCUGGAGCGGGAGAGCCGGCAGGAGGAGGAGGACAGAGAUGGCCCUGGGGCCUCAGUGUCAGACCCCAGGGUCCAGGAGCUCCAGGCCAGCGUGGCGCAACACAGGCGUCGCAUUCAGGUCCUAGAGGAGCAGCUCGGAUCGCUGGGGGAGCAGAUGGCCGCCGAGAGCCGGGGGCUGAGCCGGAAGAAGGAGGAGGCCCUCCAGGCCCUGACGCAGGAGCGGAGUCGACUGUUUGAGCUCAGCAGCCUGCAUGAGACGCCCGGAGGUGACUGCUCAGAGCCCAGCCAAGCCCUCACCAAGCUCCUGUUCACCCAGAAGACUGACCGCCAACUGCUGGUGCUGCAGGACCCCGCAGCCGCCGCCACUGCCGCUGCCUCUUCCUGUCUCUUCUCCGUCCACAGCUCCCUGCAGGGCUCCAUUGGCCUCCAGAGGACUGGAAGCCUGCCCCGGAAAAGGGGAGAGCGUGUGAGCCAGAAAGGGUCUCCUCGACCUCUGUCUGUCCACUGUACAGCGCCCCUGAAGGCCUCGGCCCUUGGCCCAGCAGUGGGGACCUCAGGAAGACACCCGCUCUAUCAGCUGCUGAACUGUGGCCCUGGGAACAGCUAUGGAGCCCUGCACCCGGACAUCGCCCACAUGGAACGGCUACUGCAGCAGGCUGUGGCAGAGAGAGAGCGUCUGCUCAAAGCCAGGGAAGGGACAAGGAGAGGUGCAGACAGCAGACCCUCAGGCCCUGCAGUUCCUGCCAUCACGGCCCCACCCACGCCCCCACCACGCCCCCCUGGGCCUCGUGUCCUGGACCUCCGGCAGCACCUGGAACGCUGGGGUCACAACCCCGAAAGCUGUCCUCACGUGAGGGUGUCCGGGGGCUGCUGCCGUGGACCUCUGGUGAAGAUGGGGGGCCGCAUCAAGACCUGGAGGAAGCGGUGGUUCUGCUUUGACCGCCAGGCCCGCCGCCUGGCCUACUACGCAGACAAGGAGGAGACCAAGCUCAAAGGUGUCAUCUACUUCCAGGCCAUUGAAGAAGUCUACUAUGACCACUUACGCUGUGCCUUCAAGAGCCCCAGCCCCCGCCUGACGUUCUGCGUCAAAACCUACGAACGCCUUUUCUACAUGGUGGCCCCGAGCCCGGAAGCUAUGCGCAUCUGGAUGGACGUCAUUGUGACAGCUGCAGACGAGAACCACGCCCCCUGAGCCUUGACCACGCCCCCACGACGUCCCUCGAGAGCCGGCCCCGUUCCGCUCCUGCCUAUAGGCGGCCGGGCCACGCCCACUUCCGGAAAAAGCCUGGUCCCGCCCGUUCGGAACUCUCGCGAUGCCGAGCGGGGGCUGCGGCUCAGCGGGCCUGAGCCGCGGAGGUCGCGGCGGCCGGCGGCGUCCCCUGCCCGGGGCCGGGCAAGCUCGCGGGGAGCGGAUGCGACUAUUUAUUGGUGCUUCUGUGAUA